AGCCGGAUCAGCUGUUGUGGUCUGCUGCUGCUGCUGCUGCAACGCGGGACACAGGAGGAGGAAGAGGAGCACAGCGCCGCGCUGCCUCGCCACACCUGCCUUCAUCUCCUGCCCUGCUCUCCUGCCCACACCUUCCCACCUGCUGGCCAUGGCGGCGUGCCUCAGGUCCCUCAGGCUGGGAGUGCCGCCCCUCGUGCAGGGCGCCGCGGGGGCCACACGCCGACCGCCGCCCCAGAGUGCCUCGAGUGUGGCAGCACUGCACCUGGGGGCCGGCACUCUUAGAGCCACACCCGCCCCCCUUCACCACCACCAGGGGGAUGGAGAGGGGGGUGAGGCUUGGUGGUGGAAUAACACCUUCCUCCCACUGCGCUCCCUGGACCCCAUGGGACUGAUGGGCCUCAGCCCAUGCCCUGCUGCACAUACUGUUGAUGACAUUGAGACUAAACGAAGUUCACUUAGCCCCUUCAAUUCAAUGCUCAUCAAACCACAAUCAGACCACCACUGCUACCACCACCACCACCACCACCACGACAACGACAACAACAACACCAGAACGUUCCGCCUGCCUGCCGACGCACUAUGGUAUCCUCGAGACAGCACAAGGGAGGGCGGCGCUGUGGUCUGCUCCCUCACCUACAGCCCCAUAGAAACAGAGGUUAUUAGCACCCUUGCCGCACCCCACACUGACACAGCCAAGGGUGCGAUCGACAUGGGGGUGUUUAUUGAGAGUAUGGGGCUCAGAGAUGGGGAGAUGCAGAUGUGUGGAUCUUCCCCCUCCUCUUCCUCUUCUUCCUCUUCUGGUUCGUCACCCAAUCUCAGUCCCGAAGGAAAGCCUGAUGCGGAAAAGCUGUCACUUGUGUUUAAUAAGCUUGCAGAUUCGCUGCCCAAACUGUUCACACACCCGCUAGACUACACCAUAUACUCCCAGAACAUCGUCUUUGAGAACAGGAUCAGAGGUGUCCGGACUGUCGGUCUGUUCCCCUACGUGCGACAGGUGGCUCUGUUGCGCACUGUUGGCCACCUUAAGUUUGCCUAUGUGAAGUUUGAUGUGCUGAAGAUGACCAAACACGCAGAGGAAGGUUGCAUCAAGGUCCGGUGGAGAAUUAAGGGCCUGUCAGGUCUCAAGGCCAUAGUGAAGUUCUGGAAGGUGAAGCUGUGGAACUGGAGGAGUGUGGAGGACCAGAUGGUGCACUGGUACGACGGAUUCUCCACCUUCUAUGUUGGCGGAGACGGACUCGUGCACACACACAUCGCUGACAGUAUGAUGCCUGAUGAGGAAAAGCAAGUGGUGAACAAGGACCCUUUAGCUGUCAAAAUGGCUGCCUUGUUGGGACUCGUUCAUAGACCAAACAGUGGGGGUAGCUUGAACACCACUGCUACUGCUACUGCUACUGCUACUACUACUGCUACUAUUACGACAGAGUUACUACGGGAAGAUAGACAGUGUUGUUAUGGCCUUAUGUUGCCCCUAGAGAAGAUACAUUAAGAAGAGGAGGAGGUGGAGGAGAAGGAGGAGGAGGAGGAGGAGGGAAGGAAGAACAAUAAGAGGAGGAAGAGGAAGGAGGAGGAAAAAGAAGGAAAAUAAGAGGAAGAACUAGAAGAAGAAGAG